AUGAGAACAGUAAAAGAGAAAUUUACGCAAUCUUUCCUUCUUCUGAAAAGAUCGUUAGAAAUAAAAACUCUUCCAGAGAAGAAAGAAAAUUCUCCAACUGUAGCAGAUUUGCUUAAAAAAUUGAGUGAAAUAGAAAGUAACAGCAUAGACAGGAACCUUCUUAUACAAAGCACUGAAAGAAAGGACAAAGAAAUAGAAGAAAUAAAGGAAGGGAUUGGAUCUCUUUUAAAAAUAGCGAAUACUCAAGAGGAAGCCAGAAAAGAGAGAAAGCAACAGAAUGAGAUAAAAACCCAGGAAUAUUUGGAAAAGCUUGAGAAGAUGGUAUCUUCUAGUUCUUCAUCAUCAAGUUCUUCUUCCAGCUCGUCCUCAAGUUCUUCAUCAAGCCCGUCUUUCUCUUCUUCUAGCUGUGACAGAGAGUGUGAUGAGAAACGGGAACAGAAGAAUGAUAAAAAACCCGCGGAGGAUGAUACUGAUUGUGUGCUGACCAAAUAUAUAAAUUCACUCUUUGUGCAGAAGCCAUUAGAAAAAGGAAAGCCUUCCGUGCAAAAGAAAGAUCGCAUUCCGCCAAGUAAAUGUUCUGCAGUAGCAGAAGAUUCAAAUACCAAUAUGAAGAACACUCUUAAAUCCUCUGUAAUGUCUUCUAAUAAGACGAGUGAUAAGAAAGGCGCGCCUUCUGGGAUUUCAGACGAGAAGAAUCUGCGCCUUGUUCUUACUCCAAAUAAACCGAGUAAGGGAGCAUCUGCAGAGAAACCCACAAAGAACACCAGAGCACAUGUGCCCACUGCUUCUAGUAGUGCAAUUCCUGUGGCCAAGCAGGUGGUCCCUAUUGUUAUUGGCGGCAAGAUUCGUGCUAAUUCUUCUUCUAUACCAGAACAUGUUCCAAAAAACAAUCCGCCUGUAGAGGUUAGUUCUACACCAGAAAGCAGCCCCAGCACAGAUGUAUCUAUCUCCAGCCCAACUUUUAGUAACCCAGAAUCUGAUCGAGUAGAGGACAAGCUGCAGUUCAUUAGCAAGCAGGGAACUGUGGAAGACGAUGCCAGGCUAUACGGGAUGAUCACUAAAACUAUUGAAAAAAUGAAGGAAAGAAAAGAUUUUGAGGCCAUAAAAAUGUCCAUGCAAAUGGACAUAGCAAGGAAGUACAUAAAAGACUUUAUUGACCUUAGAAUAGCCAUGCAGAAAACCCAGCCAGAUGUAACAAAGCAGGAUAAAAGAAAUAAGCGAAAGAGACAGCAGCGAACAUUCGACUAAUCUGCGCAAUACAACUAUCCCACUUUUAUUUUAAAAUAAAUCUCAUAUUCUAGC